AUGAUCUGGUUGGCCGCUUUCGGUGGUGCUGGUCCCAUCUCCAGCACAGGUAAGGCCAUCGCCACGGUGACCAUCGGCAGCUAUAACUUCAAGCUGUACAAGGGCCCGAAUGGUAGCACCACCGUCUUCUCCUUCGGCGCCACAAAGACCAUCACAAACUUCUCCGCUGAUCUGCUCGACUUCCUCACGAAGAAGCAGGCGUUCGCUUCCAGUCAGUACCUCACCACGUCGGAGGCUGGCACGGAGCCGUUCACGGGAUCAAACGCUAAGAUGACCGUGUCGUCGUACUCAGCCGCUGUCGAAUACUGA